AUGGCUACCAACGGCGUUGUCAACAAGCUGGUGACAAGGGUCUCGGAUGAGCCCAGUCGCCAGCCGUCGCCUCAGCCAACACAUUUCUCAGUCCCUCAGAAGCUGAAUGGCAAUGGUCACCGAAUUUUGCGUAAGGCCACAGUCGGCUAUAUUGCACCAGAGUUCGAGGGCAAAGUAGAACAGAUGAAACAGGUGAGGGCAAUUCUGGUCGAAAGUGGCUGGAUUCCCGACUCGCAUGUCGAUGAACAGAUUGAAUGGUUCUACAACUCCUUGGGUAUCGACGAUGUCUACUUCCAGCUGGAAACCGUCGAUGUCAUUGCGACACACAUCACCUCACUCUACGCCGCCAAGGUGGCAGCACGCAGCCGUGCCAACCAACAAGAGGCCAUCCGUCUGGACAUGGAGGCUGCAGACCAUGCCAUCUACAUUGACACCAGUGAGCCGGGCAAGACCGCACUCGGUGGUCCCAGGUACGAGACUCGGCUCGAAGCCAAGUAUCUCGAUCAUGUCGGCACCAGACGUUUUCGCGUCGAGACAUUCCGGUCUCCUGGCACAAUUUCUGGCGACGACCAGUCGAAAGCAUCUCUCAGGUGCUAUUUCGUGUACCAGUGUCAGUUUGUGGAUCCUAACCCAUCUCCCGAUGAGACACGCCUGGAAGUGAUCAGCGAUCGGAUGUUCCUGACCAAGGCGACAAACAACACCAAGCAGCUUUACGGAGACAUCAUUUCGCUUGCCGUGAGCCGUACUGGCCCGGUGAUUGAGGUUUUUGACAUUGAGGAUUCGCAAGAGAAGAGACUUAUUGUUGCGUUCCGAUCGCGUACUGCUAGAGGCAUGUUCAGCGCUCUAAGCGAUCUAUACCACUACUAUGGUGUUACUAGCACCAGAAAGUACGUGGAACAGUUCUCCAACGGCAUCACUGUUAUCUGUAUCUACCUGAAGCCUGCGCCCAACGAGAGUGGCAAAUUCCCUCCGAUUGAACAGUCCAUCCAUCAGAUAACCAAGGAGAUUUCGCUACUUUACUGUAUCCCCCAGAACAAGCUUCACACUCUGUUCGCAUCGGGCGAGCUGAGCCUUCAGGAGGCCAUCUAUGGCCACUCCGUCUGGGUGUUUGUCCAGCACUUCUUGAACAGAUUGGGUACUGAGUACGCCACACUCCAAGAGGCUCUGAACCCAAGCAACAGUCUUCACAAUGAGAUCCUCUCCAAAUUGAAACGCCGCCUGCGUACCGAGACAUUCACCCCAGACUACAUUCUUGAGAUCAUCUUGGCCUACCCCGGCCUCGUCCGUGCUCUCUACGCUUCGUUCGCGAGCGUGCAUCUCAGCGUGGGAACAGACUAUGAACGGGAGACGAUUGCCCCGACGCCGGCUGUCGAAGUUCUGUCUGACGCCAAUCUGAAGGAGAAGAUCUCUCGGGAAGUGUCCAAUGAGCACGAAGAGAUGGUCAUGACAUCUUUCAGAGUCUUCAACAAUGCCAUUCUGAAGACGAACUAUUUCACUCCCACCAAGGUCGCCCUCAGCUUCAGACUUGACCCAGUGUUCCUGCCCGAGAUUGAAUAUCCCAAGCGCCUCUAUGGUAUGUUCCUGGUCAUCAGCUCUGAAGCUCGUGGGUUCCACCUGCGUUUCAGAGAUGUCGCCCGUGGUGGAAUUCGAAUCGUAAAGUCUCGAUCAAAGGAAGCAUACUCUAUCAAUGCUCGUAACCUCUUUGAUGAGAACUACGGCCUCGCCAGCACCCAGCAGCGCAAGAACAAGGAUAUACCCGAAGGCGGUUCCAAGGGUGUCAUUCUGCUGGACCCUAAGCAACAGGACAAGGGCAGAGAGGCAUUUGAGAAGUACAUUGACAGUAUCAUGGACCUUCUUUUGCCGGCCGAGACACCCGGCAUCAAGAACCCCAUUGUCGAUCUGUACGGAAGGCAGGAGAUUCUCUUCAUGGGACCGGAUGAGAACACUGCCGAUCUCGUGAACUGGGCAACCGAGCAUGCCCGCUCUCGCGGUGCACCUUGGUGGAAGUCUUUCUUUACCGGAAAAUCCCCCAAGCUCGGUGGAAUUCCCCACGAUACUUACGGAAUGACCACACUUUCCGUUCGUGAAUACGUCAAGGGGAUCUACCGCAAGAAGAACUUGGACCCAUCGACAGUUAGGAAGAUGCAGACGGGUGGACCGGACGGCGAUCUGGGAAGCAAUGAGAUCUUGCUCAGCAACGAGAAGUACACUGCCAUCAUUGAUGGAGCUGGUGUACUCGUGGAUCCCAACGGUCUCGACAAGGAGGAACUCUUGCGCCUUGCCAAGAGCCGAGUCAUGAUCUCUCACUUUGACAUUUCCAAACUGUCCAAGGACGGUUACCGUGUGCUGUGCGACGACGUCAAUGUUAAGCUGCCUACAGGAGAGGUUGUAGCCAACGGCACUGCAUUCCGCAACACCUUCCAUCUGCGGGACACUGGACUGACUGACACAUUUGUCCCUUGCGGUGGCCGGCCCGAGUCUAUCGAUCUUGUUACCGUUGGCAAGUUGAUUGAAGAUGGCAAGUCCAAGAUCCCAUACAUUGUAGAAGGUGCCAACUUGUUCAUCACGCAAGACGCGAAGCUGCGACUUGAGGCCGCCGGUUGCAUCCUGUACAAGGAUGCUUCUGCCAACAAGGGUGGUGUGACUUCAUCAUCGCUCGAGGUCCUCGCAUCUCUGAGCUUUGACGAUGAGGGCUUCGUCGCCAACAUGUGUCAUGACAAGUACGGCCAGGCCCCCGAGUUCUACCAGGCUUACGUCAAGUCGGUUCAGGCCAAGAUCUGCGACAAUGCCAGGCUAGAAUUCGAAGCCAUCUGGCGCGAGCAUGAGCAGACCGGCAUUCCCCGUUCCAUUCUGUCUGACAAGCUUUCUGAAGCAAUCACCAAGCUAGACGAAGAGCUUCAGCAAUCGGAUCUGUGGAAGGAUGAGAGAAUCCGGCGAACAGUAUUGGCGGACGCGCUGCCCAAUCUGCUGAUCCAGAAGAUUGGCCUCGAUACCAUCAUCUCGCGAGUCCCAGAUGCAUACCUUCGUGCCAUUUUUGGCAGCUACCUCGCCUCUCGUUUUGUGUAUGAGUUUGGCAGUGCGCCAAGUCAAUUCGCCUUCUUUGACUUUAUGUCCAAGAGGCUCGCAAAUGCUCAAUAG